CACUGUUGAGCAGCACGUCACUCGUUCAUCGCCGAUCGCGCAGCGCGCUUCAUCGUAGCGUUAUUCUCGCACGUAUACACGGGCCGUUGACACGCGGAAGCCUUCGUUGAUUGAGAGAAACAGAGGAUCAUCCCCGUGCUCGUAGGAUGAUUAUUGUCGUGAGAUUAUAAACCGCGACAACGAGAAAGAGAUUUUUCACUUCAGUGUCCCUGACGAUUUUUACGUACGCGCGUUAUUUGGAUUAAAGUAGAUUAUCGACGAACGCGCACGCACGCAGACAGAAUCAUGAUGCUUCGGCAGAAAAAUUACCUCGCCUUAGGAGUGCUCGGCUGCAUCCUCCUGCUGUCGACAACUACCGCGGACAAUAGCGUGCACAUACUAUCGAAGUACGGCCACCAGACGCUUACCUCAACCACGCUCAAAUGGCUACCGGUGACGCACUACAACCCGAGCGAUUCGAAGGAGAUAAUCAUCGGUGGCAGCGAGAACGUACCGGAUAGUCAAGAUGAGAAUUAUGCUAAUCAAGCGGAGGUAAAGAGACUGGUGCUUUACGUGUGCCGCGCGAUGCAUAGUGGCGUAUGGGUGGCCGGUACACAGAAAGAAAAGGAGAAGGUCUGCACAGUGACAAUACAUGGUGUUGUACAAUCGUACGAGAAGUAUGAGCUACUGGAGAACGUCGAUGGGGCGGCGCGGAUUUCGUGGAUUCAAUGGAACAAGUACACCCCGCCUCCCGUGGGUGCGGUGUACGUCGAUAAGACAAUGCUGGUAGCUCGGCAUGAGGUCCCUAAAGAUCUGGAGAAACCGCGGUACACUCACUAUAUCGGUACGCUCAGUUCGCCUGAGAACUUCGGUACUAUCGUUUAUGUGAACGAGAAAGGCGAAGAAGAGUCUGCGAAGUCUGGUGAGCUACUGGUGGAGGCCGAGCCGAUCCGUUAUGAGCUCGGCUCCGUUAAACUUAAUUGGUCUAAGAGGCGCGAUAUUAAGCGCGUACCUCGCAUACUCAGCGAGGCGACGAUCGUCAACCGUGGAGCGGAACCGGCAAACUUGGCAGAAGCCUGUGUAUACAAUUACAAGUACUCGGUCUACUGGGGUCGCAGGCACGCCAUCUUGAACGGCUUGAGCACCAUGAUCACGCUAAUUAACGGCACAUCCUUACCGAAUAUAACAUGGGGUACGCGCGAUGACGAGAAUCGCACGGAGGCUUACAACGUGCUGAUCUAUCUGCAACCUGGUACGGGCGUAAACGUGACUCUGAAGGCAAACUAUACGGACAUGGAGGUACCAUACUCCGCAAACUUGAUUUCGCAUUACGAGGAUAGUACGACGACAUCGCGCAUGAUCAGCGGCACUCGACAGGAGGAAACAUUGUUUGACAUCACACCGGAAUUCGGACCCAUUUACUUCCUAAGCAAUUUCAGCUUGGUACCAACUACCGUGCCACCGCCUACUACAACCACCGAACCAUCGACCACAACGUUGAUGACAACGAUGACGGUGCCGACAACAAUGAAGCAAGACUCGAGCCGGACAACACACCGGCACCAGACAGACGACUCGGACAUAGAUCACGACGAGAAUCUAAUCAUACCGCCGAAGAAAACAGACAUAUCGACGGGCAUGCAUAAUGACAACAAUACUCCGUUGUUAUUGAAGGUGGAGGUGCAGUAUGGCGGUGCCACGUCUGUUGCGUUUCAGUCGAGCUUAUUGACGCUCGUCAUUCCGCUUCUACUGUUGCUGAUCCUCCAUAAAAUUACGUGAAGAUCCGAUUGCAUGUUCGCCACCGCCGCCUCUAAACGUUAAUUCCUAAUUCCCGUAAUAGUAAUAUAAUAAUAUAACCCAGUAGACGACACAGUCCCGAAAAUGGAAAAAGGAUUAAAAAA